AUGUUUGAUUUAUGUAUCAGGGACAUACACCAUACAAUUGAGUAUUACAUAUUGUAUGAGCAAGGUGAUCACGGCCCAGCUGUCAAGAGAUGCUAUCCCAGUAAUCUUUCUGACGUAUUCAUUGAACGCAUCAUCGAGUUUGCGUUUUGUUGUGAUGAUAGACGUAUUUCAGUGGAGGAAUUCGUGAUUGUAUUCACAGAUGAUAGAGGCACAUUGGAAUUUGUUUUCUGUUACCAACCAAACGAAAGGUUUAUGCUUUGCAUUUCAAGCAAACUUCCAUGGUGUGAAUGUUUUCAUUCUCUGUUAAGUAUUUUAUGGCAUCAUGGUCUUUAUCGUGAUGUACACUGGUCUAUUAUGGAGCCAUUCUUCUCUCAUCUACGUACUAGUAUUCCGCCCCAUUUACCGAUCGAUCGUAUUCAAUGUGCGAAUCCGUUCAACCCGUCUAUGGGUUUUUUACUUCGAAUUCCAACACCUCAAUCUCCACAUUACUUGAACUACAUUAUAGAAUAUUACAAUGCAUUGGAUCUUUCAUUGUGGAUUCAUAUAUUUGUAAGCUUACUUUUGGAGCGAAGUUUACUUUUCUGUUCAAGACGAUUAACAAAGUUAACAGCUUGCGCUUUAACUGCUGUUUCAUUGUUGUAUCCGAUUCAAUGGGCUCACUCAUUUUAUCCACUAAUUCCAGAAAAAGUACUUGGUGUUUUGGAAUGUCCAGUUCCAUUUGUGGCCGGUAUACAUAUUUGCAAUUUAGAGAAGGCGAAACAGCAUUUAAGCGCAGGAACACGUCUGGUCGAUUUGGAUUCAGGUCAAAUUUCUGUGUAUAAACCAUCUUCAGAUGAUUUACAAACUGAAAACUUAUACAUGGGAUUAGGUACACCGAAAGCAAUAUUUAGAUUUUUACAUCAUAAAUUAAAAGAAGUACAACACCAAUUAAAUGUGACAAUGAAUUCUAAACACUUAAAAAAUGGUGAUUGGAAACAAGUUAAUGGUGAAAUAUUUAGAUGUUUCGAGAGAUUAACUCAUCCAUUUUUUGAAUUAAUUGUUAAUCUCUUAGGUUGUUAUACAGAAUGUUUAACUCGACCAGAUUCUGAUACGGAAGUAGAUUUGGAUGCUCUUAUUGCUUGCCAAUCUUGUCCUGGUUUAGAAUCAUUUCUAAAAUCUAUGUUCGAAUCACAGACAAUUCAGUUAUUUCUAGAUCAACGUUCCAGGCGACCACCUGAUCCAAAAACUGAUUUAUUUGAAAAUCGUGCAUCUCAAUUGCGUGGUCAAGCUAAAAGAACAUAUCAUCAUAAAGCCACUGCAUCGCUUGGUCCAAUUUUUACAAGUUCUUUAUCAAAUAUCACAUCGAGUUCUACUAAAUAUGAUACGAAACUGAAACAUAAAAAAUAUAAUUUUGGUAGUCCUGAAUGGUUACAAGCUAAAAAGAUAAAAAAUCCUGGUCGUAUUUGUUACAAAGGAUUGCCAGAAUCAAUAAAACAUGUUAAACACGAAAGUGCAUUUACUUGGAAUGUUUUAUUAUCACGAAAGGCUGAUCAAUCGUUCACUUCGCAUAAAACUAAUAAGUCCGGUUCAAUGGAUAUUUAUCCAAAGCAUGCACCAGUAAUGGCACGUAUGCAAGAUAUGGAUUACUUAUCUUAUCCAAAUCGUCCAAAUUCUUGUUUUGCUAAUUCUACUCCAAAUUUUGCAUCAGGGACUCUUCUCAGCAGGAAACAUUUCUUUAGAGAUGAUCAAGUUAAUCAAUUGGAAAUACAAACUACUGACAGUCGUUCAUCAGAUUCUUCACUUAAAUCAUCCAGUAGUCCAUCGAACCGAUUUAAUUCAUCAGAUAUGGAAGGUAAUCAAUUUGUAAAACGUAAACCACCACCUCGACCUCCUCCACCUCGUCUUCUUCAUAUUAAUGAUCAUACGCCAUUGAAAAAUAUGCAUCAAAUCAAAUCACAAACUCUUAUCAAUGAAACAAAACAAUCAAUAGUAUCAUCAAGAAAUGAUUUCACCAAAUUAAAUUAUAUCAAAAAUGAAAAAGAUACUGUUGCUAUGUCAUCAUCAGUGCAUGAUAAAACAUGUUCAUUGACGCCUACUAGACGUAAAACAUGUCCGUCUACUGCUUCUUCUCUACUACUACAACCACCACCACCAUUACCUCCACGUCCACAAUUUUUAUCGGCAAAAUUGCAAAAACGUAUCACUUCAUCUCUUCGAAAUGUUGACAAAUGUUCAAAUAUAUCAAUGAAUGGUUAUUUACACGAUAAUAAUCGGAAUUUUGAUAAACAAAAAACUGAAGCAUCUCUAUGUCGACCAUUGAAAAUACCUAUAACUACUAAUUCAUCUAAUGAACGUAAUCGUUGUCAAUUUAAUGGUCAUAGUAAUGGUCCAGUUAUACCACUUACUGUUGGUGCUAAUAUUCCUCCACCGUUACCACCUAAGAAAUUGUCAUUGAAAUUUGUUAAAUCACCAUUAUUAUCAAAUCCAUUUGCUUUAAAAUCUGCUUUAUCUGAAUCUAAUCCUAAUUUAUUGGUAACAAAAUAUACAACAAAAGAUAGUAAACAACUAUCUCUAUGUGAACGUCGAGCAAAACGAUUUCAAAGUCUAAAUGAUAAAAACUUACAAAUAAAUUCAAUAAAAAUGACUCUUCCAUCAAAACUUAAUCAAAAUAAUAAUAGUGUACAGUCUGAUAAGAUAAACUCCCCCAAACAGCAAACAUCACAUGAAUCAUUAUCAAGAACUAUAGAUGGCCUUUCACUAGAAUGUCAAAAAUCAAAUUGUUCUACAUUAUCACAAUCAAUGUCAGAUAUUCAUAGUCGAUCAGGAUCGUAUUAUUCCAUCAUGGAAACAAAAACAAACCCAUUAAAUGUAUCAACAAAAAAUUUUAUUCCGGAAUUCUUAUUAUUAUCUCCUAAAGAGUUAUCUCCAAUUAAUCAAGACACUAAUGGUAACAGUAUAAACAGUAGUAGACAUAGACUACUUGUUCGACUAAAAUAUGGAACAAUUUCCCCACAAAGAAGAAGUAAAUCAACUACUACUGUACCGAACUUAACAUUACAUCGUGCUCAUACUGUACCUUAUUAUCAACUUCAACAUAAUAAUUUAUUCAGAACAAAGUCAAUGAAUGCUCCAACUGCUAAUGCUGCACCAAUAGGUUUCAUGGAAUCACAUUCAAUGGAACAAUGUUAA